AUGACAGGUAAUCGCUCUAGUGCCACUGAAUUCUGCCUUCUUGGCUUCGCUGGGUCCCAAGAACAACACCACAUCCUUUUUGCUGUAUUCUUCUUAUUCUACUUAGUGACAUUAAUGGGAAACACCAUCAUCAUCGUGAUUGUCUAUGUUGAUAAAUAUCUACAUUCCCCCAUGUAUUUCUUCUUUGGCCAUCUCUCUGUCAUGGAAAUCCUGAUCAUCACCACAAUCAUCCCUGUGAUGCUUUGGGGAUUGCUGCUCUCUGAGAUGCAGAAUGUCUUUGCUUGCAUUGCCCAGCUUUUCCUGUAUAUUUCUGUGGGGACCACAGAGUUUACAUUACUUGGAGUGAUGGCUAUUGACCAUUGUGUGGCUAUCUGCAACCCUUUGAGGUACAACAUCAUUAUAAAAGUCACCUGCAUCUGGGUGAUAAUUGUGACGUGGGUAUCUGGCUUCCUUUUUGAAAUCUGGCCUGUCUAUGCCACAUUUCAACUUACAUUCUGCAAAUCAAAUGUGUUAGAUCAUUUUUACUGUGACAGAGGGCAAUUGUUCAAGCUAUCCUGUGAUGACACCCUCUUCACAGGGUUUAUUCUAUUUUUAAUGGCUAUUUUCAUUAUCAUUGGUUUCUUGAUCCCUACAAUUGUCUCCUACACCUACAUCGUCUCCACCAUCCUCAAGAUUCCCUCAGCCUCUGGAAGGAGGAAAGGCUUCUCCACGUGUGCCUCCCACUUCACCUGUGUCGUGAUUGGCUAUGGCAGCUGCUUUGUCCUCUAUGUGAAGCCCAAACAGACACAGGAAGCGGAGUACAAUAAGAUAAUUUCCCUGUUAGUUUCUGUACUAACCCUUUUCCUGAACCCUUUGGAAUGUCAUACUCUUCGGAAUGACAAAGUCAAAGAAGCCCUUCGAGAUGGAGUGAAAGGCUGCUGUAAACUCCUCAAACAUUAG